CCUACUACCUGCUGCUAGGGAAUCUCUGAUGUGAACAGUGCCUGUCAGAAUGGAUGCUCUGACUGGAGAUGAGCGCUCCUUUUGAGGAUCAGUUUGAUUGGAGCCUGGCAUGUAAAAGAAAACUUGAAAACGAGGGACGGGAGACGACAUACCAACCGUGGAAGAGUGUUUUCUUGGAGUGUCUUCCACUCAGGAAUUAAAAACAAAUUUUUUUUAAUGAAGCCACACUUGGAUCUUAAUUCUUGAUGGCUUUCAGUUGUCCACAGAGAUUGUGAAGCUUGUCCGGUCUGCUGUCUUUCUUUCUUUCUUUCCUGACCGGGGCUCUGGUUGCCGGACCAGCUGUGCUCCCACUCUGUGGUUGAGAGUGUUUUAUAUUGAGCGUGGGUGGGUGUCUUGACUCCGUGCAUGUGUGCCCGGCUCGAGUAGCGCCAGCCAGAUGCGACACGUGCCACACAAGCUCGUCCUGGCUUCGGUACUCUGCCAAUCAUCACAGGCAGGUGGCAUGACAUUUAAGAAUGUAAUGGAAUGAGCGGGUAAAAGGAAUAUGCGCCGCUGACAUCAUAUUUGUUUGCUUCUGAAGUUUUUGUUUACUUAUUCACCAAGCGUUUCCUUUUUUUAUUUUAAUUAAUGACGCUUUGUGAAUAGACCCACACAGUCCUGCCGUAUUACCACACUUAUCACUGGAUUUUAAAGCAUAUGGAAAGACUUGACAUGUUCAAGGAAGUACUGGCCAAGACUUUCCCUCUUCUGGAUUAUUAAACCAUGCGUCGCUCGGAUUCUACUUUAUUUGAUUUAUAUUUCUGUAGACGACAUAUUCCGUCAAUUUGUACCAACCUUACAGGAUCAGUGUUCCUCCAGGACCGGAAUCUGCCUUUUUGAUUUUCUGCCCCUGAGGUGUCCUUUACAUUCUCAGCGUGGCGUACUCAGGGGGAAGUGUGGACUGGAGCAUGACCAGCUGUCACUACUCGACGCCGCGGCCGGAGCGGGACCGCAUGUACCAACACAAAGUCUCGCUCGUGGUGCGCUACUUCAUGAUACCUUGCAACAUCUGUCUCAUACUUUUGGCCACAUCUACGCUGGGCUUCGCCGUGCUUCUCUUCCUCAAUAACUACAAACCAAGCACUCUCACGCAUGCCCAGCCUAUUGAUGGCUGUCGGGGGAAGCUCUGCGGGUUUGGAGCGGUGUGUGAAAGAGACUCUGCUGACCCCUCAAAAGGAAACUGUGUGUGUAAGAAGCCGAUCUGCCCGUCUGUGGUGGCACCCGUGUGUGGCUCCGACUCCUCCACCUACUCCAACACGUGUGAGCUGGAGAAAGCUCAGUGUGAACUUCAGAGGCGCAUCAAGGUGUUGCGCAAGGGGCCGUGUUCUGUGAAGGACCCAUGCAACGAGGUGACGUGUAGCUAUGGCAGCACCUGCAUUCAGUCGUCCGACGGCCUUUCCGCUAAAUGUAUGUGUCCGCUGAGCUGCGAGCGCGUGCCCAAAAAAGUGGUGUGCGGCAGCGACGGCCUGGACUACCCCAGCGAGUGUGAGCUCAACAUGAAGGCCUGCUCCACCCAGAAAAACAUCCGGCUCCAGCACGUCGGCUCCUGCGAUCCAUGCCGUGAACACCAGAACAGCCUCAGUAUGAUGUGUGUGGUAAAUCUCCUGACCAAAAAAGUGGAGAAAUCAGCCCCAGCCUCCUCAUGCCCACCAGGCAACGAGCCUUUUUGUGCCAGUGAUGGAAGAAGCUACAGCAGCGAGUGCCAGAUGCAACGUACAGCCCUGCAGAAGGACCGCGUGCUGAAACAGGUGCAUUCGAGGCCAUGCAAAAAUCAAGAGGAGUGCCAGGAAGAGUGUAAGUUCAGCGCUGUGUGUUUACUGGACCAAGAACGACGUCGCUGCUCCUGUGAACCGAUCCGAUGUGACGGCACCUACACACCCUUGUGCGGAAAAGAUGGCCAUACGUACCCUAACGACUGUGAGAGAAGGCGCGCCGAAUGCAUCGCCCAGACCCACAUCCCCAUCAAGCAGCAAGGACCUUGUGAUCUGAAUGCCCCGAGCCCAUGCCUGAAGAAGACAUGCGAGUUUGGCGGAACCUGCGUGGUGAAGGACGACGAGGCGGUGUGCGAGUGUCCAGACAUGUGCCCCCAGGCCCAGGACCCCGUGUGUGGCAACGACAGCCACACUUACAACAGCCCGUGCCACAUGAGAGCCAUGGGUUGUGCCCUGCAGAAACACAUCCAGAUCCAGCACAAAGGAGCCUGUGAAAAGUCCUGUACCAACUGUUCGUUUGGCGCUAUCUGUGACGGCCAGACCGAGCGCUGCGUGUGCUCCACGGAGUGUGUGGGCUCCCGGCAGCCAGUGUGCGGCAGUGAUGGCAUCACUUACGCCAACGAAUGCGAACUGCACGUGAAAGCCUGCACUCAACAGCUGGAGCUUCGUGUGGUGGCUCAGGGUGAAUGCAAGACCUGUGGCAGCACCGUCUGUAGCUUCGGCGCCGUCUGUGUCCAGAAUAAGUGUGAGUGUCCUCAGUGUGCGAAUCGUCCCGUUAAGCUUGUGUGUGGGACCGACGGCAUCACCUACGACAAUCCCUGCGAACUGCACCAGGCUUCCUGCAGACUAAAGAAAAACAUAGAGGUGGCAAAGCCUGGCACCUGUGAUGAAGAUUGUGGCUCUGGAGGUUCGGGCUCUGGGUUGGAAGCGUGUGAACAGGAGCGCUGCCGCAGAUUUGGAGGCUCAUGGGAUGAGGACACUGAGGAUGACCGCUGUGUGUGUGAUUUCAGCUGCCAGAACGUGCCUCGCAGUCAGGUUUGCGGCUCAGACAUGCACACCUACAACAACGAGUGUGAACUAAAGAAGGUUCGCUGUGAGAAGCAGAUUGACAUAGUGCUCCAGAGUCAAGGUCCAUGUGCAGAUGAAGUCGUACAUGUUUCUGAUUUGAUUACGCGAGCGCACUGCAAGGAGACUGUGUACGGAUGCUGUAAGGACAACAAGACUGCAGCGCUCGGAGUGGACAUGGCGGGAUGUCCGAGUAAGUGUCACUGUAAUCAGUACGGAUCAUAUGGAGGGACGUGUGACCCCAGCACUGGUCAGUGUUCCUGUAAGCCUGGAGUCGGAGGGCUCAAGUGUGACCGAUGUGAGCCUGGCUUCUGGAACUUUCGCGGCAUUGUGACUGAAAACUCAAGUGGCUGCACACCGUGUAAUUGUGAUGCUGUGGGCUCAGUAAGGGACGACUGCGAGCAGAUGACGGGUCUCUGUUCAUGUAAGACUGGAGUAAAGGGCAUGAAGUGUGACGUCUGCCCCAACGGCAGCAAGAUGGCCGCAAACGGCUGUGACAAAGGUCCUCAAGCGCCAACGUCCUGCUCUCAGCUGCAGUGCCAGCAUGGAGCAUCAUGCGUGGAGGUAAAUGGGCAGGCUCACUGCGAGUGCCCGUCUCCAGAUUGCGACCAAAAGAACAAGACCAAGGUAUGUGGCUCUGAUGGCGUGACCUAUGCUGACCAGUGCCAGUUGAGGACUAUUGCCUGUCGACAGGAUAAAACAAUUACUGUGAAGCAUUUAGGCCAGUGCACAGAAUCCAUCUAUGAGCCGGGGGUCAAGCCCACCCCCCUGGCCAUCACUCCACAAGUCACUCCCACAGCACCCGUCAAGGUCCCGACUUCUAUCCCUCAAGUUAACUACGACGACUACGAAGACAACAACAAAGUGGAAGCUCCGCCUCCGUCCCAGGAGUCAUCCACGCCUUUCCCCACCCACAGCCCACUCACCACCCCACACCAUGCUCCACUCACAACACCCCCCAAUCUUGACUUUGAGGAGUCAGGCAGCGGGGAGCCCAGUGGCGAUAACGACAUGGAGGGUAGUGCGAUGGAGGCGAGCGGAGACGAGCCGAUUGGUCCCACUGUAGCAGCCACCACUCCUCCCACAGGUGAGGAUCGGUCCUCCUGUGAUAACACACCUUUUGGCUGCUGCCCUGACGGAAAGACCAUCGCCCUCAAUCCUGAGGGCAACAACUGCCCACCUACCAUGCGCUUUAACGGCUUCCUGCAUCUGGAUCAGUUAGAGGGUCAGGAGAUCUUCUACACCCCAGAGAUGGAUGACCCCAAGUCGGAACUGUUUGGUGAGACAGCUCGCAGCAUUGAGAGUGCUCUGAAUGAACUGUUCAAGAAGUCUAGCGUUCAGAAGGAUUUCCAGAGCGUCCGAGUGAAGAAUCUGGCUCCUAGCAACUCCAUCAUGGCCAUUGUUGAGGCUCACUUUGACCCAGACACCAGGUUUACAGUGGAGGACAUCAAGUCCGCUCUGGUCAAACAGUUGAAGACGGCUAAAGGAUCUGGCAUUGUGGUAAAACAACCUGAAGAUAAUUAUAUUCGUUUCACUGAUCAGGGUCAAUCAGUCCUCCCAUUCUUCACAACCACUGCCACCACUGUGGCCACCGUCACCCCCACCACCACCGUACCUACCAGCACUAUGCCCACCACCACUGCCUCCGUCACAAUAAACCAGCCAGCCACCACCAGGCGGCCUUACCCCACCCACCGGACGAUGAUGGCUGCCCCGAUUACCAGCACCUCAGCGCACCCUCCCACGACCACCAUCCAUACCACUACUGCUCGCAUCACGACUGUGCCCGUUCAGACCAGGCCGGUGCUCAAGCACACCAAGCCACAGGGGCCAUGCGCCUCACAACCCUGCAGCCAUGGCGGGACCUGUGAGGAUGACGGCGACGACUUUACCUGCACUUGUCCUGCAGGGAGGGGUGGAGCUGUGUGUGAGAAAGUGAUUAAGUAUUACAUCCCAUCCUUUGGUGGCAAAUCUUACCUGGCCUUCCACACCAUGAGAGCCUACCACACCGUGCGCAUUGCCAUGGAGUUCAGAGCUUUAGACACCUCGGGAAUACUUCUUUACAACAGCCAGAAGAGUGGAUUGGAUUUCCUUUCUCUGGCAUUGGUGGGAGGAAAAGUGGAGCUCAGGUUCAACACAGGCUCUGGUACCUGUUCAGUGGUCAGCAAUGUCACAGUGAAACCCGGCCAGUGGCAUCACUUAGUGGUGACCCGUAACAGGCGCAGUGCUUCCCUUAGCGUCAACAACGAGACCACCGUUAAUGGCGAGAGCCCUCAAGGGACAGACGGUCUCAACCUGGAAACCGACCUCUUCAUCGGAGGAGUGCCCGAAGACAUGAUUCAGAGUGUAAAGGAAAAGACCUCAGUGUCGACAGGUAUGGUCGGCUGCAUCCGCCUGCUGGACGUCAACAACAUGGUGUACGACCUACAGGAGAACGGAGGCAAUGUUCUGUACGGCAGCGCCGUUGGCGAAUGUGGUAACAAUCCCUGCGUGCCCAACCCUUGCAAAAACGGAGCCUCCUGUCAGACCAAAGGAGCUGAGAUGUUCCACUGCAAGUGCAUCAACGGUUUCUUUGGUCCCACUUGCGCUGACGCUCACAACCCAUGCGAUCCAAACCUAUGCCAUCCUUCCGCCCAGUGCCACGUGCUUCCAGAGGGAGGAUACAAAUGCGAUUGUCCAAUGGGCCGUGAGGGCAAGCACUGCAGAAAAGUAUCAGACAAAAAAGGAGCUUACAUUCCUUUCUUCAGUGGUGAUUCCUACCUGGAGUUAAAUGGUCUGCACACUUAUGGCCAUGAUCUGAGACAAAAGGUCAGCAUGACUAUCGUCCUGCUGGCUAAUGACUCAAAUGGCGUGAUUUUCUACAACGGGCAGAAGACAGAUGGCAAGGGUGAUUUCAUCUCACUUGCAUUGAAUGACGGCAUCCUGGAGUUUAGAUACGACCUUGGCAAGGGACCAGCUAUCAUUAGGAGCAAAGAGAAGCUUAAGCUGCAUGUGUGGAGCACGGUUAACCUGGAGCGAGCAAACCGCAAGGGAGAAAUCAGCAUUAAUGGAAAAGACACAGGCAGAGGAGAGGCUCCGAACCAGCAUACAGAUCUGAACCUGAAGGAGAACUUGUAUGUGGGUGGAGCUCCUGAUUUCCAUAAACUGGCAAGAGCAGCAGCUAUUAAAGAUGGUUUUAAAGGAGCCAUCCAAAAGAUUAUUUUGAUGGGGACUUCAAUCCUGAAGCCUGACAAUGCACGUAACUCCAGUGAUGUAUCCAUGUACACACACCAUCCCUGCUCUAAAAGUGUGUGUGAGAACGGCGGCGAGUGCAGCCCACUGCUGGACAGCUACGAGUGUGUGUGUCCAUACGGCUUCACCGGAGCACACUGCCAGCAUAUUACCUUUGAGAAAGCAGCCGGAGAAUCAGAGGCUAUUGCUUUUGAUGGCCGAACACACAUCGAGUAUCACAACGGAGUUACCAAGAGUGAGAAAGCAUUGCUGGUGAACAAGUUUGAGCUGAGCAUCAAAACCGAGGCCACUCAAGGUCUAAUCCUGUGGAGCGGGAAGGGUGUAGAGCGCUCUGACUACAUCGCCCUGGCCAUCGUAGAUGGUCGUGUCCAGAUGACUUAUGACCUUGGUUCCAAGCCAGUCGUCCUGAGAUCCUCUGUGAAGGUUAAUACCAAUCGAUGGAUUCGUAUUAAAGCCAGCAGAGCACUUAGAGAUGGCUCUCUACAGGUGGGUAAUGAGGCUGCGGUGACUGGAUCCUCACCACUGGCUGCUACACAGCUGGACACAGAUGGUGCCCUUUGGCUAGGUGGCCUUGAGGAUUUGGCUGUGGCACGCCGCUUGCCUAAGGCCUACAGCACAGGCUUUCUGGGCUGCAUUAAAGACGUGAUUGUCGACGGGGUGGAUUUGCAUCUAGUAGAGGAUGCCUUAAACAGCCCUAAAAUAUUACACUGUUCAGCCAAAUAGCCUGGCAACACCUCCCUCCCUCCUACCCUCCUAACGCCAUGUCUACUGCUGUAAUUAUUUUCUAUUUUUGUAUAAUGUUCAUUGCUUUUUAUAUUGGAGAGAUUACAUUGUUUUCAUUUUGUUGUCAUGACAUAUAUCUGGUUGUUUUUAAUCUGCGCCUCCAUCUGUAAUCCCGAACGGCAGUUAAACAUGGUAUCACAAGACAAAAACAAUAUGUAUUAUGUUUAUGGUGUUGUUUUUAGAGCACCAAAAACCAUAAUCUUGCUCAUUACUUGAAAUGGUGAAUAACGUAGGUGCUUUUUGCCCUCUCGAUUGCCUUCUAUCGGUGCCAUAAUUCGGACGCUGUAGUACAGCCUCCCUGUACAUUCCACUGAGCCGACGCUGCAGCUGGUAAUGCUAUUGCUCACUACGAAUAAAGCAUGUGCAACCUUGCUUUAUCAAGAAUGGACUGCCACUGUUAACUACGCUAAGCAAGACCUGUCUAAUAUUUACUGGGAUGCCUACUUUUGCUCGUAAUGUUUGAAGCUUCUUGCUAACACAAACCUAUUAGCAUCCUUAAUGGACUAAACUGUUAGUAAUUGAAACAUGGGAUUGUACAGUAAUACAUGAGACUAUGAAUAUUUUGGUCAAGAAUCAGUCUCAUUUUCUGUGCACUGCUUUUAAACUAUACAAAUUGAUUACCACUUUUUUCGCAUGCGAUUUUUUGCAUUGGUUUCUUGAUUUUUCUGUUCAGGGUAAAAAAAAUCUGAUCAUGGAAAUGCUUGUAAUGUAAUCCUCAUAAUCUGAUUUCAAUUUUAUUUUUUUGAAACAUUGUUAGCCCUGAGUUACUGUUCAUCGUAUGUUAGUCAAUCUAUCAUGUGCUGUGGCUGGACUGGGACUGAAAGGACACUUGAAAGAGACAUGGUUGUUACAGUGGUCUGCCAUGGGGAGGCACCGUAGCACAAGAAGAAGGAUGUGGAACGUGGCAGAAAUCAUGCCAAAGUGGAUGCAAGAGCAACGAGUGGAAUAUUAUUUCUGGCAUUAGGUGAAAUCCUGAGAUGAAGAGCAUUUGCAGGAAUUUUUUUGUCACUUUAGUCAGCACUUGCUUUAAAAAAGGGACGUCUAGACGCUUGCACUGAUGUCUAGAUGCUUGCAUUUUAUAACUGUGGUCCAAAAGCAACCAUGUAAAUAAGCAAACGUAUCAAAAACAAUAAUGAAUAAAAUAGUAUCAAUAAUGAUAAUAAUAAUAAUAACAAUAAUAAUAAUGCAUGGGUUUGUUAUAACUAAUGAUUUUUGUAACAUGUUCGAAGAGAAAUGUGAUGCAAUUGUUUGUACUGCUGAACAUUGUAAGAAAUACUUUAGUUUCAAUACAAGAUCAAAAUCUAAGUUUCGAUAAUCAAAAAAAAUUAUGCCUGUUAAUAGAUAUGUUAUUCUUUGUGGAGAAAAAAAUCUAUAUUUCAUGUUCAUUUAUUGUUUCUUUUUUAAGCAGUGAGACAACCAUUUUGUAUAGCCCAGUGAUUAUCAUAUCACAUGUCAUGUAAAUGAGAACUGUGCAUCUGUGGACCUUCUGUUUUAGUAUUAUACACUGGAAUUGAGUUGAACUUGUCUAUUCACUACAUAUAUUCUGUUUUGGGGUGUGCAGGGAAUCAUUUAUUGGUUUAUAUAUUAAUUUCCCAUGUAGGGACAGUUAAUGUUCCAAACUAAAAUCAUCACUCUGUUUCUACAUCUAUUUUUUAUAAUAUACUGUAGUACCCAUACAGUUCUGUAUGUUUUUAAUAUCAGGUCUGUUUUGUUACACUUGUAUGUUUUAAACGCAUCUAAUGGCUGUGUGGGGUCCUCCUGUAUGUUUGGGGGCACCGAAAGGACGGAGUGCAGUGCUCACAAAAAUGAGUGCACAUGAACAUCCUGAAUGGGUGAAACAGUCUGAGAAUUGCCUUAAUCCCAUCAUCACUUUAUGGUAAGCGAGUCCAUGUUUAUACCAUUCUGUGUUUUCACUACUAGAGUAUUAGCCACAUCAUCAUCAUGUACAAUAAUUCACAGAUAUUAAUAAUUGUAUUAAUAUUGUCCAAGAGAAUAUUCCAGAAUGCCUCAAACUAUUCGUUUUGGGCUCUACAUAUAUAAUAUUUACUGUAUAAAUGCUAUUUUCAAUAUCUUAUUUAUGUGGAUUCCAUUCCUGGCCUUUGUAAACUACUGUUUUGAGUGAAUAUAGCUGAUGACUGUAACUCAGAAUGAGAGUGGCAUGACAUUCCCAUUACUAACUUGAUUACCUUUGUCUUGUGUUCCCACCACCAUGAAAUAAAGUGUAAAACGAACUGA